CUGCCAGAAAAGUAACGCGGUGACGCAGGAGGCAGAGAGCCCAGCGGCGGUGCUUAUCGCGCAGAGUGCUGCUGUCUACCUGAGCCGGGGGCUCGCCAUGCUGGAGCUGCGGGGCGGGGAGAGCGGCCGGUGAACAGUCACCCUGUCACCUCAUCUCAUUCCCUGUCUACAGGAUGGCAACCCACAGUGCCAGCGAGCCCCUGGCACCGGCCAGCCUGGACCUCCAUCAUCACCACCCCGGGGACAAGGAGCUGCUAGGAAAAGACCACAAGUUACUCAAUGGCUGCGUCCCACUCUCGCAUCAGGUGGCCGGCCAUAUGUAUGGGAAAGAUAAAGUUGGCAUACUACAACAUCCAGAUGGGACAGUCUUAAAGCAGUUACAGCCGCCACCACGUGGACCAAGAGAACUGGAUUUCUAUAACAUGGUUUUCUCAAAUGACUGUACUGAUCCUAAAUUGCGUGAACUACAAAUAUUUUUACCAAAGUAUUAUGGCACUUGGUCACCCCCAGGAUCUGCAAAUGAUCUUUACUUAAAACUGGAAGAUGUAACCCGAAAGUUUAACAAGCCAUGUAUCAUGGACGUAAAAAUAGGCCAAAAGAGUUAUGAUCCACACGCAUCAGCUGAGAAGAUCCAGCAACAGAUCAGCAAGUACCCUUUAAUGGAAGAGAUUGGCUUCCUGGUUUUAGGCAUGAGGGUCUACCACAUGGAUUCAGACAGCUUUGAGACUCAAAACCAGCACUAUGGACGAAGCCUGACGAAAGGCACAAUAAAACAUGGUCUAUCAAAAUUCUUCAACAAUGGCUGUUAUUUGAGGAAGGAUGCUGUGUCUGCUUGCCUCCAGAUAGUGCAGAACAUUCUGCACUGGUUUGAGAAUCAGAACAUCCUUCACUUUUAUGCAAGCUCCUUGCUUUUUGUUUAUGAUGGUUAUAGUCCACAACCGACCCCAACAGUUGAUGGAAAAGUCCACGAGAAGCACGUUGCUACCCCCCCAGAGCUGCGUACAGAUGACGAGUUGACCGAGUGCAAUAAUAACAUCAGCAGGUUGAGCUCCAUGGAGAAUGGUAAGAACGAGAUGCUGGUGGAGAAGAAACGGUCUAGAAUUUAUGCAGCAAACAAAAAGACAUGUCCUAAAAGACUGCACAGUGAAGCCUUUAUGGAAGGAGAGAUUUUAGGUGAAGACAGAACCCGGAAAAAUCAAAAUAACGUUCCACAGGAGCAUCUGAAUGGUAACCUUCUAACGAAACUGGAAAAUGUAAUUUGCCAGGUUUCUCCAGACCUGAGGGAUAGCAAACAAGUUGAUGUGAGGAUGAUUGAUUUUGCUCAUGUCUUUCCAAGUGAAGGAAAAGACCUUGGCUAUAUCUAUGGAUUAAAGAACUUAAUAUCUGUCUUGCAGAGUAUUUUAAAUGAAUAAUUGGUAUAUAAUUCGGAUUGGGAGCCAAUGACCAGAUAAUCAAGAACAUACCUUCAAGAAUAUUUGCACUUGUAAUUGUGGUAACCUUUUUUUUUUCCCCCUUUUUUUUUUUUUUUUUAUUGUGAUUUCUUCGUUCUAAGCUGUGUUUUUUUUUUUUUUUUUUUUUUUUUUUUUCUUCUUUAUCUUGGUGGAAGGGGUUUACCUUUUAUAUAAUAUUACUCAGGAAAAUUGAAGUGAUAUGUAGGCAUUUGGGAAGUUUGCGGUUGGCAAGCAGAUGGCAUAACGUUCUUCUCUGGAUUUUGGAGGAUAAAGAGUAAGGGAAGGUUAUGGUGCGAUGGCGAGACAGCUGCUUUUUUUGACAUAGAUUCUGGUCAAUUUUAAAUUUGGGACCACUCUUUCAAGACCAUACGAGCAGUGUCCAUGUGAAAGAAACCGGCCUUCAUACAAAGGUCACUAGGAUGUUCUUAUCUUGGAGAGGAAUAUUACAUGGAAGAUCACAAUAUUCCGAACUAACCUACAUCCGUUUUGAUAUUGAGCCAUUGAACCCUACAAGUUUAACCCCUAAUUGUUUACAAAGAUUAAAACUGGAAAUCCAUAUGGUAGAUAGAUAUAUCUGUAUAUGUAUGUAAAUGUAAGUUAUUUAGAUUUCUACAGGAAGUAACCACCAUUUUGGAAGUUGUACCAGAGUCUGAUUAUGAAUGUUUGUCCUUAUUAACCUGGCUUAGGAAUUUGACUAAUGGCUUGAUAGGGAGACAGACAAUGUUUUUUUUUAUGCUGGAUCAACUCUUGAAUACUGAUUCACCCUUCAAAGUGGAAGCAGUUAGUAAUCAGUAGCUAAGCUGAAGUUGGCCAUACACUUUAGAGAGAUGUUGGUCAAUGGUUAUCCCUCCAGACCUUGGCUCUGCCAAGCGUUCAUGUCUUCUGAAGGGGGGGGGGGGAGGAGAGAGUAAGCCAGUGCCAGUAGUACUUGGAGGGCACGGAGGAGCAGCUUGGCAUCAAACGUGGUGUAAAUGUGGGAAAUGAAAUGCAUCGCUCGUGAGUUCAUGUGGUGUAUUUUGCUAUUAAUUAGCAUUUUCCACCAAUUAGUGUGUUUCAUCUGAAAUCAUUGUAAACCGCAGAAGCCGUAUACAUGGCCUUUUACACCUUUUUCCAGCGUGACGCUUUUUUGCUGUGCUUUUCCCUAUUCCAAUAUAAACGUAUUCUCUGAAAGAUGAGAAAAACUCUGCUGUGUCCAUAGAAUAUUUAAUCGGACAGUAUGAACAAUCUCAUUUCUAGACCUCUCGUACAGUUUGCUGCUUGGUCAUGGAACAAGACCUCUACCUCUCAAAGGAAGGGAACCCUAACAUUGUAUUGCUGCUCUGUUUUCCUUGAAUCUGCAAUUCAUAGGUUUGAAUUUUUAAAUUUUUUAUUUUUUUUUCCAUUCGGUAUUUCCUUUUGCUUUUUGUUCAAUUUAGAUGUGUAUCUUAAUGGGAACCUGUCACAUUGAACAUGUGUUGGAGCAGGAGGAGCUGAGCAGAUUUAUUUCUAAUUUUGUGGGAAAAGAUUCAGGGGUUAUCUGAUAUCUAAAAUAUCCCACCCCCAAUGCCCGGACCCCUUGUAUAGAUUAUACUUACCUGCUCAAGGGGGGGCUCAUGCAGGGAUCUGGAGCAAUGUGGGUGCUGGGGAGCAGGUAAGUAUAAUGUAUAUAAAGGUCCCGGGCAUGGUCUCCAAAAUUGAAUGAAAAGACUAAAAAACAAUUAAUGCUUCUAUAACGUUUAAUCGAGGUCCAUUUAAAUAGUACAUUAUGAUCAGAGGACAGGGGUAUACAUAGAAGAGAAAUGUGCUCUAGGCAAUGAUGAAAGUGGGCUCCCUUUUUGGGGCUUAUUGACCCACCAAACCCCCUAAAUGGAGGGUCCAUGAUCCCUGGCUGGUUCACACAUCCUGGUGGAGGGUGGACAAAUGUAUAGCUUCUCACCACCCAUGAAAAGAGAAGGGGGUAAUGCCGAUCCCUCCUCUCUUGGGGCUCUGUAGCAGUUGCUUGAUCUGUGUUUAUGGGACGUUUUUCCCUUGGACUAGUAAUUAAGUUUGUGCCCCCCAUGUUAAAUGUAUGUGCGGAAUCAAUUGUGAUUUGCGGCCGAUCAGUGCUAUUCAUCUCCUUACACAUUUUUAGAUUCCCCCUUGCUGCCAUUUUUGGAUAGUUUCAGAGCAGACUAUUUUUGGGAAGGAAGCGUUCUUUCCAGACAAUCCCCUGCUCGUCAGUGAAGGAGACCUCUGCAUUUGCAUGCAGCGGUCUCCUCCACAGUAUGGGCAGGAGGGAUCGCUAUUGUCAUACAGAAUCAUUGUUUGCCGGCAGCAGAGGCUGUUUAGACAUCACUAUCUGCUGGUGACCACACCACAUAUCCUAUUACCCUGUGAACGAGGAUAAUUGGCGGCACCUUUACACUGGCAGAUAAUCGCUAAGGAGCACUUGUACAAACGCUCUUUAGUGAUGAUCUGCCCAAACAUCAGGCAGUGUAAAGGGGCCUUAAUUCAAGGAGCCUUUCUGAUUUCCAUCUGCAAAACAUGUCCAGAUGGUGUCUAGGCAGGGCCUUGUUCCAUUUGAAUGAACAAAUAAUUUUUGGAUGGAAAUCUGACACGGGCCAAUGGAUGUCUGAUUUGCGCCAUUUACUUUAAUGGGCACUUGUACUGUCUGGGUGCAGUCAGGACAGAACUGGGUUGGAAAAUACUGUCUCGUGAAUCAGGCCUUAAAGGGUUCAGCUUCAAUGACGUGUACCCUUUUUAGGUCCUGCCUCCUUUAAUAUUCAUUAUAUUCCACUUGCAUUACCCCCCCCCCCCCCAGGUGGUGUGGUGUAAAUGUUGACCAUAUUUUUAUCGUAUGUGUCUUUGACGUUGCAAACCUUUUUAAAGGGAACCUGUCACUGGGAUUUUGUGUAUAGAGCUGAGGACAUGGGUUGCUAGAUGGCCGCUAGCAC